CCAAGAACAUCACUUCUUUCUCCUUAGGUACCUUACCGUUUAUCAAGUGGUGUGUUUUUGACACGAAAGAAACGCGAGUUGUCAGGCUUUUAGCCACCCAGAUUGACUUUGCUUGAGGCACACAGCAACCGGCGGUAUUAUUCUUACCUUAUGGCCUUUUGAAAGCAUAAUGGUCGUGUUCAGUGCCUUCUGCUAUAGCCAAGAUGCUCGUCGCCCGUAGAAACGAGGAAACUUUGAUGCCUUUUGGUGAAAAGGGUGCGAUGAUGCUACAGUAACGGUGUCGUGCUUCGGCGGUUUUGCCCUCCCUUUGACUGUCCGUGAUUACGGUUAUACGGGCGCUUCGUGACGGGCAUCUUUCGAGGACCAGAUCUCCCAAGCAACCUUUCCAAAUACCCGAAAGUGAUGAGUAUGAGGCUUUGAGAAUUGUAGGGCGGUGGUAAUUUCGAGCUGAAGGUAUAGGAUAUCUUGCAAUUGCUUGCGUGUACCAGGAUGGCUGUCCAUCUGAUGGCUGAAGAUUCUAUCCUCGUGGCUUGGGAAUCAUCAGUCGAUGAUUAUUUGAACUCAAAAGGGUCUCUGACAUGAGAUGUUAAACAGGAGCUAUUAUGGUUAUUUAAGUCUGCUCCGAUUCUUGAUUCGUUCUGUCCUUCUCGGCGUCGUUCUCUACUUUCGUUACAUCCCCUGAACACUACUUCCACUCUUUGUAAUCUGUUGUAGACUUCAAACAUGAAGCUGUCUCUACCUUUCAUUGCGUUCUGCGCAACACCAGCCGUUGUUGGUCUUGCUCUCCCAAACGGCGCCUUCGAGAUCAAGGAGUACGAGCAUAAGGAUCACCAUCACCAUGAUCCCAACCUGGUCAAGCACCAUCACAAGCACCACGAUCAUAAGCACAAGCACCUUCAUCCCCAUGAGCAUGUCCACGUCACCAAGCACAAGCAUCCCGAAAAGCCUUGCCCUAUCCUCACUGAGGAGAAGACUUGCAAGCUCUUCCACUAUGCCACCAGGGACGUCGAGGAGCUCAUUCAUGCUGUGCAGACCUAUGAUUGUGGCAAUGAGGCGGAGUGUUGGCAUAAAAUUGUUUACGAGAUCUACAGCCUUGAGUAUGGGCUAGAUGCCUUUGACAAGUAUGUGGACAGCACCACACUUAAGAAGUGCUUGACCUGCGGAAACGACUCUCCUGUCGUUGGCUGCUUCCUUCACUAUGCGGAUGCUCUGAUCCGCCUCGUGAAGCUCCUGCGGCACCAGACCAAGGAUCUUGAUGGAGAGGUUGAACGGCCCAUCCUGACUGCCAUCAACAGUCUGCGUGUUUCCAACUAUGCCUUGGUCUAUGAGGUCGGUCGCCGUAUUGAGUGCAAGAAGAGCCUCAAGAUCAUCAUGUCCAAGCAGGGAGCCAACGAUGGCACCACCAAGGGCAGUAUCCAGGCAGCCUUUUCCAAGUUCCCCUACACUCCCCUGAUCACAGGCGAGGACUUUGAGGACAGAGUCGCGCUGGACAAGGGCGACGCCAAGGAGGACUCGGAGGGUGAUGGAGAGAAGAAGCACAAGAAGGUGCACAAGCACUACCACAACCAUCACCACGGACACAAGCAUGGGCACAAGCACGGCCACGGACAUGGCCAUCUCCACCAACAUGGACACAAACACGGACAUAAGCACGGGCACGGGCACAAGCACGAGAACGAGCAUCACUACGAGCACAAGCACGAGUAUGACCAUCACCACGAUGAGUAACCAUGAGAGACAUAACAAGCUGGAACGCCGCCGGGGAUAACGAAUACUAUUGUAAUUAUGUGACAUGGUGCUGGGACCACUGUGGACGACCAUAUCAAUGCUGCAGGUGUUGAGCAGAAGAAUGAAGAGUAGAUCUGGUUUUAUUAAUAAAACAGACUUUUGAGCAUAUGCUCAACUUGAGUG